AUGCCAGCUCCAAAAUCUGCUUUGAGCAGUGUCACCACGUCACAUGCUUCAAAAUCGUCGUUGAACCAUCAUGUGGGACUAUAUAAUAAUGUCACCAUGAAAUCUACUCAAGAUUCAUUACCUAUUAUUAAUACACCAGAACCUCGUAACAAUAUUCUUUCUUCUUCUAAUGACUACUCCAACGAUUCCAGAUCUUCCACCGUAAGUAAUGAAAAUUUGAUCAGUAUUAAUACCAAUAAUAGUAAAAAUCCAUCAUCUUGGGAUCCCAAAGAUGAUAUACUAUUAAGACAUCUGAAAGAAGUGAAAAAUUUUGGUUGGAAGGAAAUUGCAAACUAUUUCCAGAAUAGAACUCCUAAUGCGUGUCAAUUUAGAUGGAGAAGAUUGAAAUCUGGUAAUUUAAAAUCGAAUAAAACCGCUUUAAUUGAUGUUAAUAAUUAUAAUGCAAUCAUUAACGCCCUAGAUAAAGGUAGUAACCUUGACGAAUUUGUUAAGGAAAAUUCUCAUUCGGGUAGCCCAAGUAACGCUUUAUUAAUAAGUCCAUAUUCUUCUAAUAUAUCUGUGUCAAAUUUUAAUGCCACUAAGCCACCAAAAGUAGAUGGUAAUCCGUCUUUGAAUUUAAUAGUGCCAUCUAUCAAUCAUGUCCAAACAGUUAGUACUACGGUAGCAAUGAAGCAUUCAAAUUCUAACGGUGCGACAUAUUCAAAUACCAAAUUUUUAAAGCCAAGAUCAUAUUCUCAUUCUGUAACGACUAGACCAAAGUUAUCACAACCAGUGUCUUUUAAGUCAUCCUUCAAGACAAACGAUGAUCCAACUCCAGAUGAAGAAAAUAUUGGCUUUAUACCCAAAAUUAUCGUUAGAUCAAGACGUAGCUCGUUCACUCCACAUUAUUCCUCACCAAAUUUAACUACUGCGCUGAAUACCACAUUGGUGAACUCGAAAUCGAGGAAGAAUUCAUUUUCUGUCUAUUCAAGAAGAUCAUCUUUCAAUUUUUCGAGCAAUAACAAUUCAAGAAAAUCUUCUAUUAUCAAUAUUUCUAAUAAUUUGAUAAACCAAAAGAAAGAUUCAAUCAUCAAAGCAAAAGAGCUUCAUCAAUUCCCCUCAACUUAUACAUUUUUUGAUAAACAAAUUAUAAAAAAUCAUCAAAGUCCUUCUCCAUCUCCAUAUCACCAUCAUCCACAUAAUCUGAAUUUUUAUUCACCACAACAGGUUUGGACCGUUGAUGAAGACCAAUUAUUAAUCGAAAACUCAAUUAGAAAUUUAUCUAUCAAAGAGUUAUCAAUUUUAUUAAAGGAAAAAUCAGAAGUUGAAAUCAAAUCCAGAAUAAAUUUUCUGAAUGAUAACAAAAAUGGAUUACUUCAUUCUGAAAAUAUUGAUCCUUUGCAUUCUGAUGAAGCAAUAGAGCCAAUAUUUAAUAAGAAUAAAAUUACUACCAAUGAAAAUAGGUUACCUGGCUUUAAGAAUAUUUCAAAUGAUGUUAUAUAG